AUGCACUCUUCAAUACCCACAGCUACACAUGAGGGAGGCGAGCCCCCCAUCAAUUGGGACACGGAGGUCAAGGACCUUGAGAGUCUCCGAUCCCGCAGCAGCCGCAGCCGCAGCCCAAGUCCGGACGACCAGAGGGCGCAGCUAUGUCACUUUGUCAGUCAUCCGUGGGGAGUCAUCGACUACUACCUAUACCUCACGGCGAUCGAGCGCGGCCGCGACGGGGAGACCCGGCUCAACGAGACUCGGCUGCUGGCAGCCGAUGGAUUCCAGUAUCUCAGCUUCGACGACCUCAGCGAUGCCGAAGACACUUUUGCCCGCGCUCCGGCGGGCACGAAUCCCACGAUCUUCUUCGUGAGUCUGCCUGUGUCAUGCUAUGAAAACGAUUCCUCGCGCAGACAACUGCUGCUGGGUUUCGAUCUGCGGCGACACCAUCUGCUGGGAUACCUGUUCGAGAACGCGCCCGACACGACUGACCUCUGGACAGUGUGGGGGCAGGGCACGCGCGUAAUCGACCUUCACGUCUUGCGAUUCAUCGACAUGCUCGAGUACGCCGCCGAGCAGCGGCCGCAGAUCUUCCGGAGCGGGCUGCUGCGGCAUUUCCGCGAGACGCAGCGUGGAUUCCCCGCGGGACUGGACCUGGUGGUCGCCAUCCAGUUUGCGCAAUUUCUGAACGAUUUUGCCGAUCUGUUGUGGCACGAGAGUGCGGAUCAGUUCCGAGCUGAGUACAAGCCGCUCGAGGAUGAGCUGCGUCGGUUGCUUCAGAGGGCGUCGUGCGAGGCGUGGUUUGGCUCGCGUAAGGGCUGGACGGCGCGGCAGUACCGCCGACACAAGAUACAGGAGUUUGUUGCGUCGGAGUUGUUCUUUGGGGAUGAGAUGAGUACUGUGGAUCCUGCCAGCCACAGUUCGGCUGCCGCUACAGCAGGCACUGCAGUCGUCACGGCUUGUGGGCGAUCACCGUUGCGAAUGAGCAUUACGCUGAUAGUGGUUGUAGUGAUGAUGAUGAUGAUGAUGAUGCUGGUUCUGGGGUUUGAGUUACCGAGGGUACCUGAUUGGCAGUGGGUUAGCUGCAUGGCGGCGGGAGGUCAACGGGCUUGCAGAUCCUGGGACUACGGAUUAGUUCGAGAGCCCUAG